AUGCCUCGUCGAAGACCUCCAGCACUGAGUCUCGGCAAUGCUCUCUUUUGCAUCUUUGUAUGGCUGCCCCUCAUAGCCACUGCUCAGCAGCAGCAGUCCGCAGGCAAUGCCAACAACAUCCGCAAACGCCAUGCCCUCGGUAACGCGCGCUCGUCGCCAGAACUGAGAUCCACCCACAAACACCUUAAAGACACCGCAAUCGACCCUUCAAUUGAGCGCGCCCUUGCGACUUUUGCUCCAGCCGAGUCUAUCCCGGCCGUCCGAGCACCUCCUGCACGAUCAUCGGCUUCGUCCGGUGGUCUUUCUUCGCGACACCCGGCGCGGUCUCUGCAGGAUUGGCAAGUCGAGGAUAUCAUUCUCCUGGCGACCGUUGAUGGAAAACUACACGCAAGAGACCGCAGAACCGGCGCUCCCAGAUGGGAGAUCGAGGCCGACAAGCCCAUGAUCGAGACUGUUUACCAUCACAACGACUCGGAUCCGGACGCUCAGCCUGAGACCAGCCUCAUCUGGAUUGUUGAGCCUUCUCAAGAUGGAAGUCUCUACGUUUACUCCUCUGAGCCACAGACCGGCAUGCAGAAACUCGGCUUGUCUGUCAAGCAACUCGUCGAAGAGCUUUCUCCUUACGCCGGUGAGGACCCGCCGGUAGUAUAUACCGCCGACAAGAAAAACACCCUGUAUACUGUCGAUGCGUCCAAUGGCAAAGUACUCAAGAUGUUCAGCUCGGGCGCGUCAACUUUUAAUAACGACCAAAAUUGCCGCCGGGUCAGUGGUCUUGGUUCUCUCGAGGACAAUGAAUGCGAGACCAUCGGCACUCUUACAUUGGGCAGAACAGACUACACCGUAUCAAUUGCGGACAAGCUGACCGGCAACCCCAUCUGCACCAUUCGCUACUUCGAGUGGGGACCCAACAACCGCGACAAAGACCUGCACAACCAAUAUGCCUCGACUAUGGACAGCAAAUACAUAUACACACAGCAUGACGGCAGUGUGGUCGCUGUUGAUUAUAGGGAAACCAAUCGUUUCGGCAAUGCUAUCCUAUACAAGCAAAAGUUCUCUUCGCCAGUAGCCCGCGUCUACGAUGUCGUCAGACCACUUGAUGAAGAAAUCCUGGAUGCUUCGCUCGUCCUUCUCCCACAGCCUAUCGGCCCUGCUGGUGAUGAUACCAUCGAGCAAGACAAGGUCUUUGUCAACUGCACCGAGUCCGGCAGCUGGUAUGCUAUGUCGGAGCUCAGAUAUCCCACCGUGACUGACGGCGCUUCUAACGCCGUAUGUUACACCCAGGGAUAUGCCCUACCUGUAGGCACUUUCAACCCGGCCAAGCAAAGAGCAAGUCUGGUCGGUAUACACCCUCUCCACCCACUGAGCCAGGACCAGAGUGAAAUUCUCACCAUCGGCGGACCUGACCAGUCUCUUGGUUCACCUAAUGCCUACAACACCGACAACGCCCAAGUCAUUCUACCCAACGUAUCGAAUCCUUGGGCAGGUAUCUCGUCAUCGGGUUUGAUUGGCUUGCUCGCUUUGAUCGGGCUUUUUGCCAUUGUCUCCCGAUGGGUCGACGUGCAGAAAGUCAUACAACGCCAAGCUUCUGAUCCUGUCAAGAUCAAGGAGGCGCCUGUUCCUGUGACUUCCGGGCCGAGUGAAACUAUUUCUGGCAAGGAUGAUGUCUCUUCUCUAGCCGAGUCUAUUGAACGUAAGGUCCGCUUCCCGGAACCCGCGGAAGAGACCAUCUUCCCACAAGGGGAACAGGAAAAUGCAAAGGAUAUCACAACACUCCAAGAAGCGCCAAUUGAGGUCAAGGUCNNGAUUCGCCUACUCGUGUCUCUACCCCAGCACCACCAGAAGCCGACAAGCCCGCUGAAGAGCAAACCCCUGUCAAGCCGAAGAAGAAGGCGACCCGUGGUGUCAGAGGCGGCAGAAAAGCGAAGGAGAAGAAGGAACAACUUGAAGCGCAACAGCGCCGGCGCGAGAACAGUCAAAGCAACAGCGACAAGGGAAAGCAACGGUGCGCUCGCUACACCGGUCCCUAAGCCUCUCUCCAAGAUUGACAAGAUCGAUGGCAUGGAUGUCAUCAGUGUUGAUGCUUCUGAGAGCCCCAACGUGUCUGGCAAGAUCCAGAUCAACAACCUCACCAUUGAUACAGAUCGUAUCAUUGGUCAUGGAAGUGCUGGUACUUGUGUGUUCGAGGGCAAGUUUGAAGGCCGCGAUGUGGCAGUCAAACGUAUGCUUUCGCAAUACUACGAGUUGGCUUCCCAAGAAGUCUCGUUCCUCCAGCAGAGUGACCAUGACAAGAACGUCAUUCGCUAUUACUGUCAACAGAAGGACCAGCAUUUCCUGUAUAUCGCCGUCGAACUCUGUCAGGCAAGUUUGUGGGAUCUGUUCAAUCUUCCCGAUGUCCGUGAGGAAGCCCGCUAUCAGCAACUUCAGUCACUGGCUCAAGCUGUUCAACGUGAUGCUCGUGGCGCUCUCUAUCAGCUUGCAAAAGGUCUCUACCAUCUUCACGAUCUUCGUAUCAUCCAUCGGGACAUCAAGCCUCAGAACAUUCUCAUCGCCUUCCCCAAGCCAAACAAGCCCAACGAGCUUCGCCUGGUCAUCUCGGACUUUGGUCUGUGUAAGACUCUCCCAGAGAACGUCAGCACUUUGAUCGACCCUACAAGCAAUGCCGGCACAUGCGGAUGGAAGGCUCCAGAGCUUAUCACCCAGCCCAAGGACGCGGCUUCUAACAACGGCCACAGCAACAUCUCACAUCCCGGUACCAGCGAGAGCUCUUCUGGCGGAACGAUGGGAGGUGUCAAACGAGCAGCAGACAUCUUCUCCUUGGGUUGUCUGUUCUUCUGGGUUCUGACUGGAGGUGAUCAUCCCUACGAUGACAAGGAAGGUUGGAUGCAGAUGCGCGAGCUCAACAUCAAAAAGAACAAUCUGCAGAACAUGCACAAGCUCGAUCUGGGCUCCGACAGCGAAGAACCACGCCAACUGAUCACUGCAAUGCUGGCUCACAGCCCCGAAGACCGCCCCUCGGCCCUUCAAGUUCUCUGUCACCCAUUCUUCUGGUCACCCAAGAAACGCCUCGAUUUCCUCUGCGAUGUCUCCGAUCACUUUGAGCACGAACCCCGCGACCCACCCUCGCCUCACCUCUGCUACCUUGAAUCCUACGCCGACAUGGUCAUCUCCCCCAAAGCAGACAAAGACUGGCAACGCAAGCUCGACAGAAUGUUCCUCGAUACACUGGGCAAGCAGCGCAAAUACAAUGGCGCCAAGAUGUUGGAUCUGCUCCGCGCACUGCGCAACAAGAAAAACCAUUACGAGGAUAUGAGUGCGGAUGUCAAGAAGAGAGUUGGACCACUUCCUCAUGGGUAUUUGGAGUAUUUCACCACUAGGUUUCCAACGUUGUUGAUGGCUUGUUUUAUGGCGAUCAAGGAUUGUAGGGUGGAGACCAAUGCGAGGUUCAGGACUUAUUAUAGUAUCGAGCAUCAGGAGUGA